UCCAGAUGCCAAGCUGGUGGAGGCUGCCAUACUUCCAGUGAACAAUGGUGCAAAGUUGCUCUGACAGGGACCUGAACUGUCCAGACAUAAACCUCAGCUGCUUCUUGGCCCGAGGUUACCUAGGCUGGAGUGUAGGUGCUUGGCCAUGUCCAUACCCGGUCCCCAUUGGCAAAGACAUGCCAGCCACGGCAAAGGGGGGAGGGGGUGCAGUGAGCUGUAAACUGCAGCCAGCCACCCAAUCCCCGACAGUCACAUCACACAGCUCAUCAUGAUUUGACUCACACACGGAGAUCAGCAGCUGAGAAUGCACCAAACAGGCUGCAGUAAUACACACAGAUGUCUAAUAUGGACUCAGUGAAUGAGACCCUUGAGAGAUCUUACAAUCUAUCAGUCUGGUUAGCUCACGAGGCCUCCUCCCUCCUCGAACUGUAUAUUGACAUGCAGGGUUUCCGCGAUGGCCCUCCAGGGAUCCCAGACGACCACCUCCAGCUGCCCAUGCCACCCACCCCCGAUGACGAAGACUGGGAGCCCACUCGCCGCCUCUGCCAACAUCGCACUGCCUGCCGCCUCUUAGCCACCCUGCUGGACCAUGUCCUGGGUGAGCAGCGGGAGCUGAACGAGACCCGGCACCACCUCCACCAGCAGCUGCAGCUCGCCAUCACCGGCCUCCAAGGCCUGGAUGCCAACCUGGGCCGCGUCCUGUCCUCAUUAGGCUCCAGCGAGGAGGAGGGUGACGGGCAAUCCCAAGUGCUCUCCGGCCCAUCCUCAGACACCGCACACUGGGAAGCCAAGGUCAACGGCUACCACAUCAUUGCCCGCUACACCCACUGGGUGGCCAGAACGGUUGAGGAUCUGGAAAGGCUGAAGGAUCACCUGAAGCCUGAGGCCUAGCACAGAGUCAUCAACUGCAACAAUCAGAAGGUCUGAAAGUGGCCAAAAAGCCUCAGGCCUAACUCUUAAUUACCACUAGGUAGAACUGGAAAAAACUCAAAAUUUGCCCUAAAGUCUGAGGCAUAGCUCUUACUUAUUUAUAGAUUUGGUAAGGACCUCGACCCUGGUACUCCAGGAUCAAUAGGAAGAAUUGACAAAAGUCAAACAAUAGCCUAAAAGCCUGACUCUUAAUUACCAAUUCAAAGAAUUAGCAAAGGUCAACUGCUGUGUAAAAUCCUGGGGCCUAGCUUUUAAUUACCCAUAGGAAGAACCAGCAAGGGCUAAAAGCGUCGGGCCUAGUUCUUAACAGGAGGCGAACGCGGCCCUUCCUAGGCUCAUUCAGGCGACUCUGAGUAACCCUGACUCCCCACCAACAGCAAAUCAAAGCUCUGUAGAGAGGAUCACAUCUCUGCCACUCCUCCAGCCCACAAACAACCCCCAAAAAGAAACCAGGCCGAAAGAGAGAAGCCUGGACCCGAGGGAGUGAAGAAAAGCAUGUUGGGGGGUGGUAAGCUAGAAGAGGACGGGGGCGUUGGGAGAUAGAAACCAGAACCUGACGACUCGGGAUUGGCCGACUUUGGCUUAGCAACCGGCGUUGAGGCCGGCAAUUGGACGAACCGCCAGCGCUACUUGACGUCACGAUGGGGUGUUUCCAGAAAGUUCCUCCGCCGCCGCCUGCCGUGACCCGGAUGCAGGAGGAACGGUAGUGGGGAACGGGAUUUGGUUGGGCAAGGAGAGACUGGACAGACAAACAGGAGGCUGGAAGAACACAGCAGGCCAGGCAGCGACCGGAGGAAAGGAGCCGUCAACGUUUCGGGUAUCACCCGUCCUGAAAAAGGGUAAUUACCCGAAAAUAUUGACUGCUCAUUUUAUCCAGGUGCUUCUUGUUCUGCUGUGUUGUACCUUGGAUUCCAGCGUCUGGUGUUUAUUUCCCUCUUAAAGAGGGAAAUGGGGCGGGGUUUGUCGGAGCGGGGCGGAGUCGCGUGGAAAUGGGCGGUGUU